CGUAAUAUUUAAUGUUUAAACUUUGUUUACAGUAGCCUCAUCACGUUAUUUACUUCUUGCAGAACCAUCCGCUUCUUCAGGUCAAAGGUUAUAUUUACAUGUCGAUUACGCACGUGUACGAGUGUUCUGACUGACCAGUGCAACUUCGGACAUCGCCCGCUAGGCCUUGUAAGAAAUUGUUAUGCUUGAAGUUGAUUUAAGAAUAUUUGAUAACCGAAUUCUUUAACUGGAUUUUUCACAGAAACGCUCUUUUCUCCAAAUGCUGGCUUUGUGAAAAACAACAAGCUUCAAUUCUGGAUGAAAACUAUGUCAUUGACAACUGUUAAACAAGUAGUGGGUCUCACACUAGCAGUGGGAUUGGCAUCAGAGAUUGUCUAUUACCUAUGGAGACGCAGGCUGGUGUCUAGGUUUGGCAGUUACUUUCUCAGCAAGUUCAAUGGGUCCCCAACGGAAGCGAUUGACUCUACCUCAGAAGCAGAAUCAGAAGCCUUCACAGACCCAUACCUCUACAAGGUUCUCAUAUUCCCAGAUAAGGCGAGGCCGUGCAAAGCCCACCUCUGGGGAGAUGGCUGCCGGAUGGAGAAAUGCUGGUUCUCUCACGAUGAAAGAAACUCUGUGUACCAGUUCCUAUCCCACAUCCAAUCGGCUGAGAUGACCCUGGAUGUUUGCGUCUACGUCAUGACGGAUGUAGAGCUUGCCAAUUGUGUGAUAAGCAUGAAAGAACGGGGUGUGUUUGUGAGGGUGAUCACUAAUCUGGAGGCUCAGAAUUACACAGGCACGCAGGUCGGCAAAUUCAGAUCAAGAGGGAUUCAAGUCCGGACAAACACCAACUACCUCAUGCAUCACAAGUUUGUAGUGGUUGACAGAAAGAAGGUCAUCACUGGGUCAUUCAACUGGACGAGUCAUGCCACGACGGCCAACAACGAGAACAUGAUCAUCACGGACAAUCCACAGAUUGUUGAUCCGUAUGCGGACGAGUUUGACCGAUUGUGGAAGGAGUUUGACCCUGCAUCACAGAGCUAGUUGGUGCUAUGUGAAUCUAGACCUUUUGUACUGCAGCUGAUGUAUCAAUUGCUGUAAUGAACAUGGUGCCUUACUAUUACAGACCUCUACGUAAAUAAGUGUUAAACUGGAAAAUUGUCUAGAGUCAAGUGGAUUGUUGAAGGAGUUUUAUCCUGUAACAACAACAACAAAAAGGUUGCUCUUGUCUUACAAGCUAUAGUUGAAUUGAGAUAUAACGAUGGACCCCAUUUACACAAAGCAGCUUACUCUGUCAAAGUGAAUAUGGGUAACAUAUACUUACACUACAGGUGAAUGACCUUGUGUGAAUGAUUUUAGGUCAAAUUAAUUUGACCCUGUGUUGCGUUUGAAUAUAAAGAGCGUGUAGCCGUCAUACAUGUUUCCAACAGUGAAUUGGGAUGAAGAUCGAUGCUCAUUUGGAAUGUCAUCUCAGUUUUGGAUGUAGUGAGGAUCAGACAUUAGAAAACAUUACCAUAAACAGUCUAGGGAACUGGGCAAAGUACCCAUGUACCAAUUUGGCCACCAGAGAAUUUAAGUCACAUUAAAAAGAAAAUUGUAUACAUGAAUGACUUUCUUUACUUUCUAUAUUCAGUAUUAUCAACAAUGCAAUUUAAACAAUGCAAUUUAUACUAGUGUUUGUAAGUAAUCAAGUUAUUGUAUUAGAACUAAUACAUUUUUGAUGCUUACUAUGCUGCAACAUAUAUGCAUGUAGGAUCAUCAAAAGUGAAGGGAACAAAUUUAGAAAAAUCCCUUUUUUAGAAAUAAACUUUUUGGUGCUAUUUGUGUGAUCUGACAUUUUUUCUGUGCUUGGGGGUGUUGGUUAUUACUUUGUUUCCGAUUAGACUGUCAUUGCUGAUUGCUGAUGUUUGUAGAGAAUGUACCAUUAAAUGUAAGUAAAAAGAAAAAUGGUUAACUUUGAAACAAGAGAUGAAACCAUACAAAUUAACUUUAACAGCUUUAGGUUUUCUCAAUCGUAAUUUGUGUCAUUUAUUUACAUGAAGGCCUAAUUCUACAAGUAUAUCCACUUGUAUUUGUUUAUUAAAAUGCAAAAUCAAUUUUAUGCAAGGUGAAGGGCUAUUAUUAUAAGGUUAAGUAAAGUAUUUUAUCCCUAAAGGCUUAAGAACUACUGAGCAACUAAUCAUCACAUUCUGCAAGAAUUUUUUGUAUUACAUAUAUAUUUUUGUAUUCUUUUCUGGAGGUACUCAUUGCAAAUUACUUGUCAAAAUAUAUGCACUCUUUGAAAUAGUUUAGUAUGAUAUAAUUUGAUCAGUAAUGUAAGACGUUGUUUGAAAAAUAUAACAAAAUUUAUCAAAAUGUUCAAUCAUUA